CAAAGCAAAGCAUGCUGGACCACAGUUCAACGCCCAAAAUGGCGGCACGGUUGAAAACUUUUGCCUGUUUUAUCCGAGUUUGCCUUGCUUAUAGACAAUAUCUAUAGUUGUUUCAGCGGCACUGAAGCAUACGGUUUUUAUAUUGUUGGCACGCCGGUAUUUUUUCGAGUGGUUCUGGAGUAAGGCAAAAACCAGGAUGGCGUUUUGCUAUCAGCUCAAAUUCGGGCAUCACUUUACCAAUUUUAGGCUAAGCUAAGCUAGGCUAGCAUGCUAACUACUGUCAGAUGAGUGCUGGUUGAAAGCUACUGUAGUUAUGUCCUGUCUCACCUGGAUGUCCACGCUGAACUGAAUAUGAAGAAGAGGACCUUUACUUAGAAAUGGAGGAUGAUGUGAAAAAAGUGAAAAAGCCUGGUAUCGUGUCUCCGUUCAAGCGAGUCUUCCUGAAAGGUGAGAAGGGGAGAGACAAGAAGGCCCAGGAGAAAGCCACUGAGCGCAGGGCCCUCCACACCUUCUCACUCUCUCAGCCUGACCACCGCAUCGACCCCGACAUCCUGCUCAAUGACUACAUUGAGAAAGAAGUCAAAUACUUGGGGCAGCUGACAUCAGUUCCAGGAUACUUGAACCCUUCUAGUCGCACAGAAGUGUUGCAGCUCAUUGACACUGCAAGGAAGUCCCAUCAGUUGGCAGGCCAGCUGACAGCAGAGCAAGAUGCAGUGGUGAGCUUGUCGGCGUACAACAUAAAGCUUGUAUGGCGUGAUGGAGAAGACAUCAUCUUGCGAGUGCCCAUCCAUGAUAUUGCUGCUGUCUCCUACAUCAGGGAUGACUCUUUGCACCUCGUAGUGAUCAAAACAGCCCAGGAGUCAGGAGGUUCUCCUUGUCCCAGCUCGUGUCCUGAUCUCAAUAAAUCUCAGACCCUGAGCUCCUUAUCAGAGAGUGGAGCUGUGCUUGUGGAAGUUUGCUGUCUGCUUGUGCUGGCUGUUGACAAUAAGGCAGCAGCAGAGGAGCUGUGCCUUUUGCUCAGCCAGGUCUUUCAGAUUGUUUACACAGAAUCAACCAUCGACUUCUUGGAUAGAGCCAUUUUUGAUGGCGCAACUACGCCUACCAGACACCUUUCUCUAUACAGUGAUGAUUCUUCAAACAAAGUGGAUGUUAAGGAGGCCUUUGAAGAGGAAACCAGCACAUUUCCUUUCCAGGGCUCUAUGGAGGCAGGAGAAAACUCUCCGUCGGCUUCCUCCCCAGCGUCUCCUCAGACGAAGACCGCAAGCGAAGGAGAGCUGAGCACCACUGCUGCAGAGCUGCUGCAGGACUACAUGACCACACUGCGGACAAAACUGUCAUCACAGGAGAUCCAGCAGUUUGCCACCCUGCUCCAUGAAUACCGUAAUGGUGCUUCCAUCCAUGAGUUCUGCAUCAACCUGCGACAGCUCUACGGGGACAGCAGGAAGUUCCUCCUCCUUGGCCUGCGUCCCUUCAUACCAGAGAAAGACAGCCAGCACUUUGAGAAUUUCCUCGAGACCAUUGGUGUGAAGGACGGUCGAGGCAUCAUCACCGACAGCUUUGGUCGUUAUCGGCGCACAGCCAGCUCUGCAUCCGAUUCCACCACCAAUGGCAAUGGAGCGACCGGAGGAAGCGCUGCCUCAGACGAAGGCCAGGAUGCCUCUGAAGGGGACGAGUGGGACCGCAUGAUCACUGAUAUCAGUAAUGACAUCGAAGCUCUAGGCUGCAGUAUGGACCAAGAAGGGGUGACACCUUGACAUGGCGGGUAAAGGGAGAUUUUUUUUUUUUUGCUGACAUAGAAUGCCAGCCAGUCAUGAGGCAUGAGCUGAACUGAUCAGAUGAAGGUGGUCUUCAGCACUGACCUAAGAUUUUGUUUAUUGUAUUUUCCUCUAAUUAUCAAGAGGACGUUACGUAGUCCCCUCACAUUCACGGAAAACCUCAAACUUUUACCACAAAAAAAACAAAAAAAGAAAAACAUGAAGUCAACAAAUGCACUUAUGCAGACCCUGUAGGUGACACACAGUCUGUUGGCUGUGGCCUCUUAUAUAUUUUUGAAGUUUCUUUGACUUUUGGACUAGUUUAUUGGCAGUAUCUGCCACUGCUUUUAACAAUGUAACAGAAACCUCCAGAGUCUUUGAGAAUAUUUUAGUCUUUGUCUGAAUACCGUCAAAGACUCUUGAGAAUCCGUCAGGGGACUAUACAUGUUUUUAGAAGGCUAAGACUGAGGAUGUAAUGCUUUUCUAUCAUUAAAGGUCAGUCAGCUUCAACCACCAGGACAACUUUGUUUAUCUUCAUUUAUUUCACAUUUGUGCGUUGCUGUGAGAGUGUAAAAAAUUUGCCCUAUAUAAUUUUGUUUUUCAGCGUGAUUUGUGUACCACUUUGUUUUACACUAUCAUUUGUUAUCAGUGUCUACUCAUUUAUAUAACUUUGCCUUAUUCAAACUGACCAAGGAAAUGCUGUAAAAACAAAAAUUCUCAUUCAAGUGAUUGAGUGGGGACUGUAUUUGACAAAGCCAGUUAGGUAAUGGCUGAUGUAAAUGUAUGAUUUUAUGUUUUUGUUCUUCUGCUGCAGGUCAUCUUUUUAUGUGUUGUGACAUUACAUUUAUCUGUCAUUGUGCCUUUACACUGCAGUACUGCUGCCAACUGUCGGUCACACACAGACAGGUAAUUAUGAACUGUAACUACAGUUGUUGCAAAUCAUGGUUAUUAAAUAACAGCUACUUUAAA